UUUUAGCGUUUCUUUCUGUUCCUUUAGCAAAUCCAAAAUGUCUUUAUCGCCUGUUCAAAAAUGGUACUCUGGCAAAACCAUAUUCGUUACUGGUGGAUCUGGAUUCAUGGGAAAGAGCACUGUGCACCCAGUGCAUUAACGCAAGUGACGGAAGGUUAUCGAAAAGUUUCGUGAAAAUGAAAAUUCCAGUAAUGAUGAUGAUUUUCCCAAACGGUUCGGCAUUAGGAUUAGCGACAAUAAUUCAAAUCAAGGAUACUACUGGGAAGUCACCUUUAGAAAAAAGUCGAUGUCGAAGUAAAAUUUGGAACUAUGCACGCAUGCACUUCAGAGAUAGCGUGAUAUCAGGAGCUGCGAUUUCAUUUCAACGCUUUUUUGUGAAAAGGGCGAUACUUAAAAAUGUAUUACUGGAGAAAAUACUAUAUGCUUGUUCAGACAUUCGUGCAAUUUACGUCUUGAUUCGUCCAAAACGUAGCAAAGUUCCUCAAGUACGCGUUGACGAAUGGUUUAAAUUGCCGGUGUUCCAACGCAUUAAAAACGAAAAACCGGAUGUUUUCAAGAAACUGAUUCCCGUACAAGGUGAUGUCACAUUUGAUGGCCUGGGAAUUUCUCAAGAUAACAUGGAUAAACUUAUUAAUGAGACUGAAAUAGUCUUUCAUUGCGCAGCUACACUCAAACUAGAAGCAAAGUUGAAGGAUGCUAUUGAAUUGAAUACAACUGGUACGAAGCGGGUAUUGGAACUGUGCAAGCAGAUGAAAAGCUUACAAGUAUUAUUGCACUUAUCAACAGCGUUCUGCUAUUGCGAUAAGGAAGUUUUAAAUGAGCGAGUGUACGAUUUCCAACACAACCCAUAUGACUUGAUGAGGAUUGCAGAAUGGAUGGAUGAAAAGACUUUGGAUCUGAUAACGCCAAACCUACUUAAGCCACAUCCUAAUUCUUAUACCUAUUCUAAACGAUUGAGUGAAUGUCUUGUUAGGGAUAACUAUCCCCAAUUACCUGUGUGUAUUGUAAGACCAAGUAUUGUUUGCCCGGCAAAUAAGGAACCGGUGGAAGGAUGGGUUGAUAACCUAAAUGGUCCAGUAGGCAUCAUGGUAGCCGGAGGAAAAGGAGUUAUGCGAUCAAUGCUGUGUAAUGGUGAAUACAACGCGGAGGUGAUUCCUGUCGAUAUUGCUAUAAAUGGUUUGAUAACCAUUGCGUACACCGUUGGACAAAUGAAAGUUUUACCACCAGAAAUACCAGUGUUUAAUGUAACUUGUCGAGAAACUAAACGAUUUACCUGGAGAGAAGUACUAGAGAUGGGAAAAGCAACUUGCAAUGAAUACCCGUUCGAAGCUGGUGUGUGGUAUCCCGACGGAGAUAUUACGACAAAUAAAAUAUAUCACACUAUCUGUGUACUCCUAUUCCAUUGGAUUCCUGCUUAUUUUAUAGAUUUCCUUAUGUUCUGUUUCGGCCAAAAGAGAUUCAUGUGCCGUGUUCAGACAAUGGUCUCGCAAGGAUUAGAAAUGUUACAAUUCUUUACAACACGACAGUGGGACUUUAAGUCACAACAGUAUCAAUCUAUUGCUAAAAAUCUUAGUCCAGAAGAUUUUGAGAUGUUCGACAUGGAUGUCGAUCGCAUUGAUACAAAGGAAUAUCUGAAAAGAGUUAUUCUGGGUGGUCGGCAGUAUUGUGUAAAGGAACCACUUUCUACAUUGCCCAAAGCAAGAAUGCAACUUAAGGCACUAUAUGUGUUAGACAAGGCUGCAAAAGCAUUUAUGAUGUGGCUUUUAACUUGGGCAUUAUUAUCUGUGACUGGAUUAAAUAAAGUUUUUAGUGAUAUAUUUUCCAGAUAAUCUUCAUAGGACCGACUAGUUCACUUCCAUUUUAUUUUUAAACCUGGUUUAACGGACCGAUAAAACUUGUUUAAAUGUUUGGCGUGGGUGAAGAAAUUGGUUUUUAGGGUGUAUGCAACUUUAUCGUUUAUUUAAUUAUAGUUUAUGUUUCAAUUUUGGGGUUUAUUACUGAUUGAG